UCAAAGCGAGGCUGCCAAAAAACAAAAUGGCCGCCGUCACGAGUAAAAACCCACAAUAACACAAGUUAACACUUCCUUGACAUCUAAUGCUUACAAUGGCCGAGGCACCUGAACCGAGUGCCUUACGGUAUGGCCAAGGUUCUAAGGAGGAGAUGCCGUCCCGUGUCUUUGUGACGCGUGCUAACACCUUAGCGGCGGAUGAGUUCUGCCGUCGUAUGAGCAAGAUGGCAUCAAAGGAAGACGUGAAAACCAUGGAGACACUUCAGAUAAAAGCGUUGACAAAGUUUGAGAAAACAAAUGAAACAUUUCAAAGCUUCAACCAUCUGUCCUCCAUCCGAUAUGAGGUCCUCAACCACAGGUUCAAAAACCACACAACAAUGUUGUUGGAUAUGAAGAAGGACUUGGACAUUGUCUUCAGAAGAAUAAGAACAUUGAAGUCAAAACUUUCCAAGCAAUAUGGGGAAGCUUUCCUCUCCACAUCAGUGAACAUAAAAAAAUUAGAAGAAUUGGUAGCGGAAGACCAAGAGGAGGAAAAACCUGAUAGACCAGGUCGUGAUAGGACAACAACAUCAACCGAUGAACCAGGUCGCGAUAGGACAACAACAUCAACCGAUGAACCAGGUCGCGAUAGGACAACAACAUCAACCGAUGAACCAGGUCGCGAUAGGACAACAACAUCAACCGAUGAACCAGGUCGCGAUAGGACAACAACAUCAACCGAUGAACCAGGUCGCGAUGGGACAACAACAUCAACAUCAACCAAUGAACCAGGCCGUAAUAGAAUAACAACAUCAGCUGAGGGCCUGCCACACAGACAAAUUGAUGUACCCAUGAGCACAGGGAAAAAUUACCAUCAAGACAUAACUAAUCAAACUCAAGAACAAAAGAAAAUAGGUGGCGGUCAAGCACAGUGUGCUAGUGAAACCUUUAACCAAAGCCUUGAAAUCGAACUAAACAAAGAAUCUGGUCAACAGGGAACUGAUUUUCCAGGCAGCGAAGGCAUGAAUAACUCUCCUGAGAGACCCAAACUCAGGCCCUCACUUUCUAGCUCUGAUGAAGAUUUUGGUUGCGAAGAUGAGGGAACUUAUAGCUCAGUGAGCUCUGAGUCAGGUAGUACAAGCAGCUUGGAUGUUAUUGAUAACAUCAGAGAUGAUAGCACUGGGAAUGGGUCAGUUCUGAAUGAAGUUGAAUAAGAUAGUGAUUAUCAAGAGCUUGGUUUGAAUGGUCUAAAAAAGUUAAGCCAAAAGAAAUGAAACAGGCCUUUGAUAGUUAUCGAUAUGUUACGGUCAAAUCCAAUUAUUGUUCAGUUAACUAGUUGAUCAUAAUUAUGACACAAGUAAAAAAAAUUGUCAGUGUUCUAAUUUUCCAGCUGACUAUGACUUAGGCUCGAUUACCAGCCGUUUGAAAAAGAUAAUGAUUAUCAAGAGCUUGGCUUAAGUCGUCUAAAAAAGUUAAGUUGAGC